GUGGAAGCGGGCGGUGCCGUCCGUCUACUUCCGGUGUGUUCGAACCUCUCACCAGAAGGCAGACAAGCGCUGAAGAAUGGAGAUGCUAACAUGAAACAUUACUAACAAGUAUCACCGAGAACCUCGUCUCAAGACUCAGUCAAACAUCGCUACCACCCUCCUCCAAACGACAAAUACACUCGCCGUGCGCAUAUGUGUGUGUCCUUUGCAUCUGGAUUUAUCUCAACCAAGGGUGACCACUUUCUACCCUCCCGUGACAAAUGUUGAGGCCAGUGUGAGGACAGAGGAGAAGGUCCAAAUCAGCCUUUGUCUCAUGAGUGUGUGUGUGCCAUCCAGGCACUGCCAGUAACCAGGGCUGUGGCUGUCGUGGGCCCGGCCCAGGGGGCCUUUGUACACGUCACUCCAGGCCCCCAUUGACCUGUGCCACUCACAGCAUGGAUUCACAGAGGGACAAAUAUGGCGAACGGCCUGCCAGGAGCACUAAGGUUUCCCAGGGAAGUCGCAGUGGGCACUCGUCUCGACCGUCGGGCUCCUCAAGCUCUUCUGGGGUUCUCAUGGUGGGCCCAAAUUUUCGUGUUGGCAAGAAGAUUGGCUGUGGAAACUUUGGUGAACUGAAGCUGGGUAAAAAUCUCUACACCAAUGAGUAUGUAGCCAUUAAACUGGAACCGGUGAAGUCAAGGGCACCGCAGUUGCAUUUAGAGUACCGGUUCUACAAAACCCUUGGAACUACAGCUGAAGGUGUGCCCCAAGUUUUUUACUUUGGGCCCUGUGGGAAAUACAAUGCCAUGGUUCUGGAACUGUUGGGGCCAAGUCUGGAGGACCUCUUUGACCUCUGUGACAGGACCUUUUCAUUGAAGACAGUCCUAAUGAUUGCAAUCCAGUUGAUAUCGCGAAUGGAAUAUGUGCAUUCUAAAAACCUCAUCUAUAGAGAUGUAAAACCUGAAAACUUUCUCAUCGGACGGCAAGGAAAUAAAAAGGAACACAUCAUCCACAUCAUUGACUUUGGCCUGGCCAAAGAGUACAUCGACCCUGAGACCAAAAAACACAUUCCAUACCGAGAACAUAAGAGCCUGACUGGCACUGCCCGCUACAUGUCCAUCAACACACAUCUGGGCAAAGAGCAAAGCCGACGAGAUGACCUGGAGGCCUUAGGUCACAUGUUCAUGUAUUUCCUUCGGGGGAGUUUGCCAUGGCAAGGACUAAAGGCCGACACACUGAAAGAACGAUACCAGAAGAUCGGAGACACUAAACGAAACACUCCCAUUGAGGUUUUAUGUGAGAACUUCCCAGAGGAGAUGGCCACCUACCUGCGAUAUGUAAGACGAUUGGACUUUUUUGAAAAGCCUGACUAUGAAUAUUUGAGGACUUUAUUCACUGAACUGUUUGAGCGCAAAGGAUACACCUUUGACUACACAUACGACUGGGUUGGCAGGCAGAUUCCCACACCGGUGGGAUCCGUCCAUAUAGACUCUGGGGCGUCUGCAGUCACAAGAGAAAGCCAUCCUCACAGAGACCGGACCUCAGCACACCCACCAAUAAGAAAUCAGACAGCAGUCUCUGAUCGACGAGGAGCAUGGGAGGUGCAGCCCACUCGCCAAGCAAACUCCUCCUAUCUGACCUCCCACCUGGCAGCGGACAGGCACGGGGGCUCAGUGCAGGUGGUCAGCUCAACCAACGGCGAGCUGAAUGCUGACGAUCCACUUGCAGCACAUUCUAAUGCACCGAUCACCGCCCAGGCAGAGGUGGAAGUGGUGGACGAGGCCAACUGCGUGAAAAUGCUCAACCUGUGGUGCUGCUGCUUCUUCAAGCGAAAACGGAAGAAGAACACACCGCGACACAAAUGAUCAUCCAGAAGCAGCCCGAAACAUUCUGGCUCCGUUGAUUUUUGCCCACAGAAAUCUGCGAGGUUCCAUUCAGAAUACAAGUGAGCGAAAACUGAGGUCUGGAUUCCAGUCUUCUCUGAAAGGACCGUUUUGUUUCUUUUUUAACUUUGAAGAUUUCUCAUUUGACGGGAGUACGUUUUUUUUUUUUUCCUCCAGGAUGAGGGGGUGAAAAUUUAGUUGGAACUUUUCCAGAGGAUAAAUUUUUGGGGGUAAACCCCACCCUCCAAGAUGCUUUUUGGUUGUUUUUUUAUCCUUUUGGCAUCCCCCCCACUGUGGUUUAUGAUUGUUUCUUUUGACUCGCUAAGUCAUCUUUUCAUUUCCCCGUCGUUGAGUUUUUGGGUAUUCCUGACGUGGGACUGAAUGUAAACUGUUGACACACGAGGAGCCAGGAGCGUAAUCGGCCUACAUGGGCUCCUGCACUUUCUGCCUCCAAAGAGACGAGCCGUGGGACCAGAGAGCACAGGAGGCCACACCCACACACCUCCUGCACUGUGUUCUCACAGGAGGAUUUCUAACCCUCGCUCCCCCCCUCUCGACACACUACAAUCCCUCCAGACUCUUGUCCUCUUUCAUUCUACGAACUGAACACUUGUAGUUGGGCUGAAAGAAGAAAGUAUUUAUGAUAUUUAUCUCUUGGUUGCAACCAGUUUUCUUACUAAUUCUCCAACAUACACACUGAAUGUAUGGACAGAAAAGUAAAUGACUCUGGAGCAUUUAUAUCAUUUGUCCUGUGCAUGGUAAGGAAAGAGUCGGAGUCGAUGUGGGGCAAUGCUCUUAUUGAGACGGUAAAUAAUCGACUCUCCACCAGUAGUUGCUUUGGAGCGUAGACAAACUCCUUAGCUCGUCAACACUACUGUUCACUGCCUUAACCCCAAACAACCACCUCACUCUACUGGCAUAAAGAAGGCUUUGUGAUAGCGACAGUUGGAGGGGGUUAAGAGAUAACAAUACAAAAGCCCAAAGUUGUGGACUGUGUGCAACUCUGUGAUGAAACGGAAGGUCCAGUCUGAAGCCCCGCACUGCAAAGCAUUGCUUGAUGAUGCUGACUGUUGUCGACAUUGUGUUGGCAUCGUGCCCAUGUGGUUAAGUGUUUUUACUUGGUGUCACGGAGGGCUGCCUUGAAACAAUAUCCUCAGUACGUCACCUUGCCUAUCCUCCUAACACAGUGAAUUCCUUUUUAUUUUUUUAUUUGACGUCUUGCUAAUGUGAACUUUUUUUGAAAUGCAAUGUGUUUGUUCAAUCCAAAUAGCCAUGGCUUUAAGGGGAAGGAGAGGGUAGCAACAUGUGAAAAGAAGCUUGAGACCAUGACUGCACUACAUUUGUUGACCCCGGCUUUCCCGCCUUGUUGAUACUUUAAAUGUGCUUUUACUUUAAGUGUGUCUGCUUCAUGUGCCAGGCGUCCCCCGUGGGGUGCAGGGAAAACACUUUCAUUUUCUCCUUGUUUAGUACCAUGCCCUGGCCCUGCUCCACACACACACACACACACAAGCAUGCACACGUACAGUAGGUGAAUCCACACGCUCACUGGAGGGUCAGACGUGGCGUUUAGUGGACCUGCGCCCUCAUCUUUCCGAAUACAAUAUUGUAGAUGUCGCUAACUAUUUCACUGAUUCCAUAUGCGUGUUGCGUGUAUUUACACUGUAUAGCUUUUGGUUUGUUCUUAGCCCUCCUCACUACUCUCAUGAGUAACUCCAGGGCCUAAGUUGUGUUAUUGAAAGUACUUGAAUAUGAACAUCUACGGGACCUUUUUUAAUCGUUUCAGCCAUCAUUAUUACAGUCCUUGAGGGGAAUGGUGGGGGCGGGGGGAAGGCUAUUUGAAUGACAGGUAUUCAUUCCUUUGGGGACAUCUUUGUGCGUCCUGACUGUACCGGACAAGUGAUGUUUGUCAGCCCUACGUUCCUGUUGUCUCCGAGGUCGGAGACGGGCUGUGACAUGAGGUCUGAGUGACAGCAUGACCGUGUCAUUCCGGCUCCCUAUUAGUGAGGUGGAUAUCCAGACUAAAUAGCCUUUAAUGUGUCCCCUGAAUUCCCAGAGUGCCAUUCCUGAGACUACUACAAGUCCAUGCCUUUGACCCGUGCCAGGAAAAGUUGAAUGUUUUUUAUUUUUGUUGGCCAUCUCAUUCCACCUCAUGUCCUUGACGUCGUCUAGAAAAAUCACAGCACACAUUGGUUGAAUUCAGUACCAGGAAGUGUUGGAGGAGAGCCAGGAAAAGUGUUCACAUCUCCAAAAGUAAACUUUGCAGCUUUUUAUCUUUGCACCCGCUUCUUCCUUUAAGGGUGUGCUGUAAAGUUGACGGCUGGUAUACCUCUUAUACUUCUUUAUUUUCUGUGCACCUGUGGGCCUCCCGCAGUGCGACUAUAUGGUUAGUGCGUAUGUGCAUGGCUUACCCCAGUCUCCCGUGGAACAUGUCUAUUGUCGGCUCUGUGAGACGUUAUGGCUUCCAGUCCUCAUGUAAAAUAUGGAGAGAAAAAAACCCAACAUCGUUCCAUUCCACUUCUACUAGAGCUCACAUUAGAUUUAGUUCUGUUGGACUUCAGGUUGUAUGUGACAUCCAGAGCUGAGGACAGUUCAAGUGGCAAUGAAUGGCUUUUGUCCUUUUUGAGUUCUCUGGCACUUUUCCUUGUUGCUGUACUGUAGAAUUACCUUGGACUUACUGUAUAUUUUUCUUUGAAGAAGAGGGUGACAUUUACUGCAAUAUUGUGAUGCUUAUUUGAAAAUUGUACAGACUUCCCCAUCGUAGUCUCUGUUCUUUCUGUUGGGAUUCCAUAUAAAGCCGUACUCUAUUUUUAUCUCUUUUUUUGUCCCCUUACAGACUGUGGAAAAUGAAAUUGUACAGCUCCAGGAAUGAAUUCUCCUCUGCACAAUUCUUUCUUCCCCCCCCCCAGAGCUAUGAUUAAGAGAAAUCUUAAAACUGUAUAUAAAUAUUGUGUUGAAAUAUGAAUGUCAACUUCAAAAAUGUAUUUUUUUGAGUUAGUCAAGGGCUUCAAGCGUGAAGGACCCACAUUUCAAGUUUUUAUUUUCAUAUUUUUUUUAACUUGAUGAAAAGGAUCCUUUUUAAUCUGAGUUGCCUGUUUUUGCCCUCAUUGGAUUCAUGUUAUAUGAUACGUCACAUGAAAAAUCACUUUUUAUUCCCUCCAUGCCUAAAGGGAAGUCCAGUUUGCACCCUUUUUUAUGUAAAAUAAAAGAUCUCUUCACCUUUUGGGAGUGUUUUUUGUGUGUGCGAGCGCGUGUAAUUAGCAUCUUAUCACCUCUGAUAUCAUUAUACACU